GGUUGUCAGUUGUCAUUGUCAAUCAGUUUGAAAUGUAAAAUGUAAUCAAUGUAAACGAAAAGAAAUAUCUAAUAUUUAUUGCUAGUUCUAUAAUAUAGUCGAAAAUUAUAUUAACUCUUUGAUACAAUAUAGAUUUUGUGCCCUCUAUACUUUUGAAUAAUGAGAAUCUUUCAGUAAAUUAACAUAAGUCCAAUCCUACAGUUGAAUCUGACCUAAAUGGGUGCAUUGUCAAAAGUAGUCAGGGUAUUUGAUACCUAUCCCUUUAGUCGAGGUCUCUUAUCAUAUACUAUCAUAUUUCCCUCCUCAUGUUUGAUUCAACAAACUCUGGCUGGAAAUACCUGGGAGACAUAUGACUGGAAAAGAGUUUUUCGAUUCUGGAUAUAUGGAACUUUCUUUCUAGCACCUGUAGGAUAUGGCUAUGUCAAAAUUAUGUCAAAAUGGUUACCAAACUCAGAUUUGAGAUCUAAUAUUAAGAGGGUUAUCGUAGACCAAACAACCUAUUCCCCUUUAAUGACAGGUGCAUUUUUCGGUGGUAUGUCCCUUCUUGAAGGAAAAGAUUUGAAAGGUGCGAAAGAAGAGAUAGAGAAGAAGUUUCUGCCAACAUAUAAGGUUGGAAUAUUCUUCUGGCCAGUGCUGCAAACGAUUAAUUUCGCCUGGGUGCCAGAAAAGAAUCGUGUACCUUAUGUCAGCGCGUGUAGUUUAGUUUGGUGUUGUUUCCUUUCUUACAUGCAUCAGCUGCGAAUGAAGAACCAGGAAAAACAGUCGGUUGAAAUGAACCGCGAAGCAAUAGGUAAUUGACGACUUGGAUGACAUACUAGGCAAUUGUAAACAAUUUAUUUAACACUAGAGCAAUUCCAUUGAAAGUGAUAUUUGUUAUGUAUUGAAAUUUUAUUUUCUGUUGAUCUGACUCAGUUCGAAUACCAUUAUAAGAUAAUUCUGAUUAGAAUUAAUUGUGCAUUGUGAGUUUAAAAAUAAAUUAUCGAUGUCGAACGAAAGUA